AUGUAUAUUCUUAUCCAGGUUUUAAUAUGGGAAGAGAGCUCAGAGGGUUAUCUAGAUUCAUAUAGCACAGUGACCUUCAACACUGACUGGAGAUUCUGGGUAGAGCAAUACACCUAUGUUAGUGUCAAAAUGGAGGUCAAAUGCAAGACAAUCACUUGCAUGACUCUGAGCAAACAAAAUGACCCUCAACCAAAACCCUGUCGUAAAUCCAUCAGUCCUCUGUUAUAUACAAAGCAGUACAUCCACAAUAUUUACCACGAACGUAACACACGGUUAACACUCCCCUCCGAUGCUUCAACACAGGAUCUAAACCUCCCCUUUUAUCCCCAACAGCUGGCUGAGAGUCUGGACCGGGCGGAUCUGCAGCUGGUGACAGAGCUGUGGUUCACUGAGCAUGCCUUUGGACCCGACCACCACAAUGCUAUACAGUGUGUGUCAGCCAGGACUCUCAAUCUGCACUUCUCUCCCACCAGGGGCCUUCACUACCAUCUGCCGGUUCUUUUCGAUUACUUCCACCUCUCUGCUGUCACCCUCACCGUCCACUGUUGUUUGGUAGCACUACAUCAACCCUACAUCAAGUAA